GGUAUAUCUUUUCUUUCUUCUGUAUAUUUAUUUCAUUCUUCCAUAUAUUUGGUCUCAGCAAUGGCGCCUAUAUCCCUUUUCGCCCGGCUCAAAAAUCUAUACUCCGGGCGCGAUGAACCCAUCCUGUCAGUCAACAUGGCUGCAGUAGCUUCGGUUCUUCUAACUCUGGCCUACGUCGUCCCAUUUUACAUUUCUUCCACCACCCGUCCAUCGCCCACUCUCAGUCGCGAUGCCCCAUCGGUCAUCCGCGCGCGAAUCCGCGCUGUCACUCUAUCCACACUGGGUGGCUCCCUCGUGGUACUCUGGGUGAUCCUAAGCAAUACCAAUGUGCCUCUCGGCCACGCUCUUCAUCUCCUUGGCUGGUGGCCUAUCGUCCCCGGCGACAUCUUCCGCUCAUUACUUCUCACGGCCAUUCUAUUCCUGGGUCCCCUCUUUGAACGAGGAAUCGCCGAAGGUGAAUGGAAAGAAUGGAUUCGCUACGGCAGAAUCUCCGAAUCCCUCCGUGGCUGGAUGGGUUGGAGGAACUACGUUGCCGGGCCUGUCACUGAGGAAAUCAUGUUCCGAUCUAUCAUCAUCACUCUGCAUCUCCUCGCUAAAGUAUCUUCUGGGCAUAUUGUAUUCAUUGCGCCCGUAUACUUUGGCAUCGCACAUAUCCACCACUUCUACGAGUUCCGGCUUACUCAUCCGGACACUUCGAUUCCGCUUGCCCUCCUCCGCUCCUUCGUUCAGUUCACUUAUACGACUAUCUUUGGCUGGUACGCCAACUUCCUCUACCUGCGCACUGGCUCGCUGUUUGCUGUUAUCUUUGUUCACAGUUUCUGCAACUGGUGUGGUCUACCCCGGUUCUGGGGACGCGUUGAAGCCGGUGUCGCUCUGGCACCACCACCGGAAGGUAAUGACGAACGCGAGCAAAGUACGACUUACGUGACACCUGAUGGAUUGGGAUUAGGAUGGACAGUAGCAUACUAUGUGCUUCUUGUCGUCGGGGCUGUUUGGUUUCGGUAUGUUUUGUGGUCGUUGACCGAGUCAAGUCAUGCAUUGGCGGGUUUUUGAUGUCAUCUUGGAGCUUGCUGUUUUGAGAUGGGAUACGAGUCAUGUGUAUGAUAGACAGGUUAGGAGAUUAUCGAAUAGUAUUUUUGGACUAGUCAUGUCAGGUACCAAUGUCAUAUGCGGCAUAUAAUACCUAGUCCAUUCCGUAAUAUAGCCCAAUAUAACGCUAUAAACCCACUAUACGAGUCAAUGGAGGGAGAAUUCUGUUCCUGCCUGC